GCAAAAACUUCCAAAGACUGUUACCAUGGCAGCUUCAUCAUCAGAUCAGGGUGCAACUGCAACACUAUCUUCACCUUUCAAGUAUGAUGUUUUCCUGAGCUUUAGAGGUGACACAAGACUCAAAUUCACAGACACACUCUAUCAUGCUUUGGUCAACAAAAGAAUCGAGACUUUCAGAGAUAGCGAGAAGCUGAGAAUAGGGGAGGAGAUCGAAGGCGCUCUUUUGGAAGCAAUUGAAAGAUCAAGGAUGUCAAUUCUUGUACUCUGUGCCAAGUAUCCAACUUCCCGGUGGUGCCUUGAUGAACUCGUCAAGAUCAUGCAAUGUUCCAACAGCGGAAGUAAGCGACCAGUGUUACCAAUAUUUUUCUAUGUGGAACCAGCAGAUCUGAAGUACCAGAGAAAAAGUUAUGGAAAAGCCAUGACUAAUCAUAAAAAUAAAGGCAGAUACAAUCACAAGUUGGAAUCAUGGAAGUCGGCCUUGUUUGCAGUAGGCAAUAAAAGUGGACUAUGCGUCAAUAAGAACAUAGCAUGGGGUGAGGCUAUUAUCAAGAUUGUUGAAGAGGUCACGAAAAGCGUUCCUCCCGUGCCUUUGUACAUUGACCAUCCACUUGGAUGUGAUUCUGAACUUGAAAAAGUGGCAAAAUCACUUCUACAGAUUGAUUCUUGUGCUACCUGUUUGAUGCUGGGAAUUCAUGGAGAUGGUGAAAUAAGCCAAUUUGUUGCUGAGCUGUAUAACAAGAUUAGGCCUCACUUUGCAACUGCAAGUUUUCUUUCUAAUAUCAGUGAGAAAACAAAUGCAAGUGGUGGUGGUCUAGAACAUCUACAAGAAACACUUCUUUCUGAGAUGGGAGAGGAGGUCAAGUCUAAGAUCGGAAGCACAUUCAAAGGAUCCUCUGAAAUAAUACACAGGCUAGGCCAUAAAAGAGUUCUUCUGGUUUUGGAUGAUGUUGAUAAAAUCCAACAACUGAACUCAUUAGCAGGACGAGAAGAUUGGUUUGGUCAUGGUAGUAGGAUCAUUAUAACAACAAGACAUGAAGGUGUGCUAGAUGAGCAUCGAUUAUGUAAUGGUGUUGAGAUUAAGAAGUACCACUUUGUUGGUGGACAGGUUGAGGAAGAUGAUGUAGAGGAAGGAGAUGUAGUGGGCUUUACAAAAUACUGGAGCUUUGUAAAAGAGCAGCUGUAUGAUGCCAACAUUCACGUCGUCUCCAUCAUUGGCAUGGGUGGAUUGGGCAAGACUACUGUUGCUCAAAAGAUCUAUAAAAAUAAAGAGGUCAAGAAUCUGUUCCCUACCCGCGGAUGGACUCGUGUUUCCAAAGAUUACGAGCCAAGGGAUGUAUUGUUGAGGCUGCUCCAAGACUUGAUGAAGUCCAAAUCUGCAUAUCAAAAUUUAGAAGUGGAGGAUCUAAAGAAGAAAGUGAGAAAUUACCUGAAGGGGAAAAAGUACUUGAUAGUGCUCGAUGAUAUUUGGAAGCCUGAAGUAUGGGACGAUCUGAAAUCAGCCUUUCUAAUUGGAAGCACUGGUAGCAAAAUUUUAAUAACGAGUCGUGAUGAACAGGUGGCAAAUUUUACAGGCUCAAAAAGCUACGAACUUCCUCCCCUUGAUGAAAAAGAAAGCUGGGAAUUGUUUUGCAAGAAGGUGUUUUCGGGUAAAGAGUGUCCUUCUGAGUUGGAGCCUCAUGGUAAAUCAAUUGUUGAAAGUUGUGGAGGUUUACCACUUGCUAUUGUUGCCAUGGCAGGGGUCGUUGCCAAGAAGAAAAGGUUGGAAAGUGAGUGGCUGGGAAUUAAGGAGCGCAUCCACUGGCAUCUCACCAGGGACGAGACCCAAGUCAUGCAGGUACUACAACAUAGCUAUGACAACUUGUCUGAAGAACUGAAGCAAUGCUUUAGAUAUCUUGGUAUCUACCCUGAAGAUUUUGAGAUUCCUGCUAGGGAAUUAAUCCAAUUAUGGAUGGCUGAAGGUUUCAUACAACCACAAGAAAGUGGAUUACCAAAUGCUCCAGAACCAGAAGAAGUUGGUGAGGAAUUCUUAAAAGAGCUAGUGGAUCGUAACAUGGUACAUGUGGCAACACGGAGGAGUGAUGGGGGUAUGAAAACAUGCCUAAUCCAUGAUCUCUUCCGUGACCUUUGCAUAGUAUUGAGCAAAGCUGACAAGUUUUUCGAGGUUUGCACAGUGUCCAAUAUCCAUACACUAAGCAACCCUCAAAGAUUGUCCUUCUUGUGCAGUGAAACUUCUUACAUGUCUUCAGUGGAAACUAACCAAUCAAGCACUCGUUCCUUGUUCAUCUUUGCUGGAAAGGAUUAUUCAGAUGAUGCUUUGAAAAACUUCCAAUCAGUUCAAGUGCUACAUUUGGGAAAUAAAGCACGUUUUCUACCUGUACCCAGUAAUUUUCAGUUUAUGAUCUUCCUAAAGUACUUGAAAAUAACUCGAACUUCUAAACCAAGAAAAGCUCCUGAGUGUAUAUGGAGCCUUUUGAAUUUAGAAACCAUGGAUAUAAGGGGUUGGAUCACGUGUUGCAUUCCGAAUGAUUUUUGGAAGCUCAAGCGACUAAGACAUGUCUCUAUUUCCUCAGAUACUGUGAGUCUACCAAAAUAUGAGAAAGGAACAACAAUGUGGAAUCUUCAAACUCUGAGUGGAGUGGAUUUGGAUACACCAACAGCGUUACUAUUCAGGGACGGCAGAUUUCCCAGCUUGAAAAGGUUGAGUUUAUGGUUGGACCCUACAAGGGAGAAACGUCGUUCGUGGCAUGAAUUAUUAUCGAGUUUGCAGCAUCUAAGCAAACUUUAUAAGCUGAAACUACAUUGCUGUCAUUCAGAUCUUUCAAUAGAUGCAAUGAUGUUUCCUUUGAAUCUUGCAAAGAUUUCCAUCAAAGUGUUUGGUAAGGUGGACUCCAGUUCCAUGAAGGCUCUAGGACAGCUUCCCAACCUCCAAGCUUUGAAACUAUUAGAAGGUACCAUAUCAGACCCUCUUGAUUGUGCCGCUCGAGAUUUCCUUAAACUUGAAGUGUUCAAAAUGGUGAAAGUGAAAGUUGUAAGUUGGGUGUUAGCGGAAGGUGCAAUGCCUCGCCUUCGUCGUCUGCUCAUAAAGGAGUGUCCUAAAUUGUGUGAGCUUCCGGAACAACUGUGGUCCUUGACAACCUUGGCAGAAGUCCAUGUCGUUGAACCCUCUCAUGAAUUGGAAAACAACUUGCAAGAUGUUGAGGUAAAUGAUAACUGUGAUCUCACAAUAUCAUAUAUGGCAAAAUAUUAA